UAUUUUAAAAUUGAAGCGUUAACCUAUCAAUAUAAGAAAAGGUUUGAGAAAGUCAACUGUCGAUGUAAAAAAAUGUUUAAUAUUAGUGAAGGUGAGAUAUUGAACAACAUUUCCCAACAGAAAAACAGCUAUGAAAAAGAACCAACACCUUACGAUAUUUUAACUACCAGCAUUGGAUUAAUGGCCGUCAUACUGAACGGUCUUCUCCUUAUCGCCAUGUUUCGUAACACAGAAAAAAUCUUCAUAUCAAAUGGUGCUUAUUUAGUCGCAAAUGUUGCAAUGGCCGAUGCAUUGACGGGGAUAAACUCGUCUCUUUGGGGAAUCAAAACACUGUUUCUCUCAAAGCCAGCAAGGAUUGUGUCGAUGUCAAUAUUUUGGAUAACAAUCGAAGCAUCGUUUUUAACGAUAUUUAUUAUGUGCCUUGAAAGGUAUAUAGCUAUUGUUUAUCCAUUUAAAGCCAACUUAUGGCUCAGUAAGAGACUAACAUUAUAUGGUUGUCUGUUAACAUGGAUCAUAUCGGCUGUAUGUGGUAUAUCUAUCGCUUUCAACAAAAACACCACUCAAAUUGUUCUGGCGUUUUUCUUCGAAAUCACCAUCAUCGUUACUUGUUUUCUAUACUUAAAAAUAUACUUCAAGUUAAGAGAGCGACGUCUUGACUGCACGCCUGGGGCGUUGUGUGAUAACCAUAGCAACCAUGAUCUCCAACGUGAAUACAAUCUGACCUUGGUGGUGACGGUACUCACCAUAAUUCUUGUGGUAACUGUUCUCCCAUACAUGGUUGGCGGGCAAUUCAGUAUAUAUUAUAAAAACAAUCGUACUCUAGCAUUAUUCUUACGGUAUUAUUUUCCAGUGGAACUCACAAACUUUGUACUUAAUCCAUUUAUUUAUGCUAUACGUCUACCAAAAUAUCGUCGUGCCAUAUUAAAUACUCUAAAACCAAUAACUAAACCGGUUCAACUUAUAUUUACAACUGUACAUAACCCACGAUAUUAAAGAGUAAAAAGUGGUCCUUUACAUUGUACACCGACUUGAAAUUUUUAAAGACAGUAGAAACCAUUCAAAGAAAUUGACUCAAAACAUUUUUUCAAACUCAACUCUGUAGAGUUUUUAUUCCAAAUGGUUUCGCUCUUUAACAAGCAGCAAGUAUAUCGUAAUCAGUAGCUACAAAUACGGUGUAGUAUGAAAAGGACUACAAGAUCGAGAUUGUGUGCAGUGUGUCAAUGCUUUAAUUGAGAUUUGCUUGAAAUAAAAAUGUAAAUAAGUCCAUAUGUUUUCAGCUUACUUUGAUGUGUGUUAAAAGUUGCGUGUGGUACAACAAACCAUAGUUAAUUUAGCGAUAUGGCAGAUGGUUUUAUUUUAAUUAUCAGUUGUCAAAUUGUCAUUAAAUAAAACGUCUGAUUUUACUUAAA